AUGGCGCCGUUCGUUUCCUUGCCUCCGACAUCUCUGGCUCCAUCCUUGCCAUCUCUGGCGUUGGUGAAGCGGCAGCAUUUGGAUAGGGGGAGAUUUAUCGAAAAGGCCUUGCUUUUCAAUGUGGUGCAGCAGCUGUAUGUGAGCAGAACAGCCACCGCGGCCCCGCAGAAAUCCCGUGUUGGCCCCGGGUCAUUUCUCCAAAGGGAGUUGUCCGGCUGUGCCCACUGGGAUCUGGACUGCGAGGAGGAGGAGGACGAGGAGGAGGAGGAUGCGGAGGCGGAGGAUCUUCCUUUGGAUGAUGCCAUCGACAUUCUCAAAAGGCGGCAAGCGCAUCACCAGUCGGCGCCCGUUUUGCCGCCGGCCACGCCGCUGAAGCAUGCCGUGCUGGCAGAGAAGGACAGCACCAGCCACUUCAGCAGCACGAUGAGCUCCACUUCUUGGGGACGAGUCACGUCGAAGGAGUCGAUUUCGCACAGGAUGCCGAGUCGGCAACGAGCUAUCAAG